GCUCGGCCACGGAAGCGGCGCGGGGCUGGCGGGACGCGUGUGCCGGAACAAGCSACCAGGAUGCCAGCAUUGCCUCUGGAUGAGCUCCAGCUGACAGAAAGGGAUCCCAAGACAGGGAAACUGAGAACUUUACCAGCACUGCACCCAGAAAUUAAAGCAGAUCGGUCGUUUGUGCUGUACAAACCCCCUCCUGCCAUCAGAGACCCUGCUUUGGUGGAGGAGUUCCUGGAGCGAGCAAAAUUCAUUGCAGAUGACCUGAACUGGCUUCUGGCUUUGCCUCAUGACAAAUUCUGGUGCCAGGUGAUCUUUGAUGAGACCCUGCAGAARUGUUUGGAUUCCUACCUGCGCUCCGCCCCUCGCAAGUUUGACGCGCUCUGGGAUUGCCACCCGGAGGUGAAUGAGCUGCARAAAUGCCUCCAUCGCAGUGUCUUCCUCACUUUCCUCAGGAUGUCCACCCACAAGGAGUCCAAGGAUCAUUUUAUCACUCCCUCUGUSUUUGGAAAAAUUAUUUACAAUAACUUCCUGUUUGACAUCCCGAAGAUUCUGGAUCUCUGUGUCCUUUUUGGGAAAGGAAAUGGUCUCCUGCUCCAGAAGAUGAUUGGAAAUAUCUUCACUCAGCAGCCCAGUUAUUUCAGUGACCUCGAUGAAACUCUGCCCACUGUCCUCCAGGUGUUCAACAACAUUUUGCACAAGUGYGGUUUGCAGUGCGAGGGGGCCUGUGCUGAGCCCCAGAAACUGGAAGAGAAAGUCAGUGUGACUCCAGGGAACAUGCCCCUCCAGGAGCUGAAGGACAUUGUGCUGUAUUUAUGUGACACCUGCACAACUCUCUGGGCUUUUCUUGAUGUCUUUCCCUUGGCUUGCCAGACCUUCCAAAAACAUGAGUUUUGUUACAGAUUAGCUUCAUUUUAUGAACUGGCAAUUCCUGAGCUGGAAUCUGCAAUCAAGAAGAGGCAUUAUGAAGAUAACAGUGUUUUUGCUGAUUUGUGGAGGAGGAUUUCACACUCCAGAAAGAAGAUGAUAGAAGUUUUUCACAUCCUGAUAAACCAAGUCUGUCUGCAGCCCAUCCUAGAGAGCAGCUGUGAGAAUAUUCAGCCAUUUAUUGAGGAGUUUCUGCAGAUCUUCACCUCGGUGCUUCAGGAAAGGAGAUUUCUCCGUGACUAUGACGAGCUGUUUCCCAUUGAGGAUGAUGUGAGUCUGCUCCAGCAGGCAUCCUCCACUCUAGAUGAGACGAGGACAGCCUACAUCCUCCAGGCAGUGGAAAGUGCCUGGGAAGGGGUAGACAGGAAGAAAGGACCAGCUGAUAAAGAUCCAGCAGCAGCAGCAGCAUCCAAUGGAGCAUCAGCGAUGGUGGAGAGCASCCCUGAGGACGGGGAGGAUGUGGGGGCUGCGUGUGCCCUGGAGGAUGAGUGUGCCGGCGCUGCGGCCGCGCCCAUCGCCCGCGUGUCCGGCGUGGAGCUGGACUCCCUCAUCUCCCAGGUGAAGGAUCUGCUGCCAGACCUGGGUGAGGGCUUCAUCCUGGCCUGCUUGGAGGAGUAUGGAUAUGACACGGAGCAGGUGAUCAACAACAUCCUGGAGGAUAAGCUGGUGCCGUACCUGGAUAAGCUGGAUCGAAGGAUGCAAAGGCAGCUGAAGCCAGACCCCACCCCUCUGGUCAGCUCUCGCUACAACGUUUUCCAGAACGAUGAGUUCGAUGUUUUCAGCAGGGAUUCGGUGGAUGUGUCUCGGAUUCAGAAAGGCAAGAGGAGGGAGAAGGACACGACCCGAAGUUUGGUGAACGACAAGCGUUUGGUGACGGAGCAGAGGGAGCGCUACAGCCAGUACAGCGUGGUGCUGGAGGAGCUGCCCCUGCAGCCCGGGAAUGCCCAGGGCUAUGAGGACUACGAGGAUGAGUACGAUGACACCUAUGAUGGGAACCAAGUGGGUGCAAACGACGCUGACUCGGAUGAUGAGCUCAUCUCCAGGAGGCCAUUCACAAUUCCUCAGGUCUUGAGACCUAAAGGACAGGAGGAAGGACRGGAGACAGAGGAAGAGGAUGAAGAGGAGGAAGAGGAAGCUGAAAAGGAAAGAACAAAGGACCACUUCGUGCAGGACCCGGCUGUCCUGCGGGAGAGGGCUGAAGCCAGGCGCCAGGCAUUCCUUGCCAGGAAGGGGCACAAGCACGACAGCUCUGCYGUUGUUGGGAACGCCAAGGGCCACGGGCAGAACCGGGAGACGGUGCAGGAGCGGAGGAAGAAGGAAGCAAACAAAAGCACAAGAGCCAACCACAACCGCCGGGCCAUGGCCGACAGGAAGCGCAGCAAGGGCAUGAUCCCUUCCUGAGGGAUCCCCUGCCCAAGAGGAAGCUCUUGGAAUUUCCUUGGAAUUUCCCUGGCAUUCCCUUUGCUCAGGGGACUGAUGUUGUGUGCAAUACCCAGCACCUCGGCUCACAUGGACCCACAUUCCCUGUGGGAGCACUGCCCAUUCCCAGGAAGGAGCUGUGCUCUGACUGUGUGUGCCAGUGGCUGCACCCAAUACAUGGCACAGGCUGCCCCAGCCAUUCCUGCCCUUUUGUACUAUUUAUAAUCUGCAGAGUUUUAUUUUCCUACUGGCUCCUUGCACCCUCUCUGCCCACCCUGGAGUGGGCAGCUCUGAGGGCACGGCCUCCAUGGAAAUGCCUUAUCCUGAACUGGAGUCACAAAUUGUCCCAAGCUGGAAGGGACCCACAGGGAUCAUGAGUCCAACCCCUGGCUCUGCCCAGACCCCCAAACAAUYCCACCCUGUGCAUCCCUGGCAGCCUKGGGGCUGRGCCUGYUCCCUGGGGAGCCUGGGCAGUGCCCAGCACCCUCUGGGGACAGAAGAACCUUUCCCUGCUCUCCRCCUAAUCCUCCCAUGCACAGCUCUGUGCUGGUAGGGAGAGGCUCAGGCUGUUCCCACUGCUGACAGACCCACAGGGGUUCAGGUGAGUAAGACCUUAYGGAUUUCUGUCCCUUAAGUGAGGCCUCUGAAAACAGAUGGUACAAAUAAAAGAUAUAGAUGUU